GUUCAUGUUGCAAGUGUCAGUAUAUGUGUAUUUUAUGUAAAAAUAAUACAAUUGUUUUAACCUUUACAGGUGCAUAAAUUAAAUAUUGUACAAAUGUGCAUGAGGAAUCGCGGUCAAUGAUUUAAAAUACUAUUAAAUCGAUGAAUAUUAUUGAACAGUAAAUAAUCCCAACGCAAGCGGCUUCUUCUAUAGCUGGAAAACCGCUGUGGGCGUAUUAAGUGUUUAACAAAUUUUCUACACGUUUGCAGACAUUUCUUGCAAAUAAAUUAACAAUUGUAACUGCAAAAAGCAAGCAAGCUGCACAGUUUAAAGCUACGUGUAGAGGCAGAUAUAGCGAACAGUCAUAAAAAUUGCGAAAUCACAAACAGUGAAUACGAACGAAAAUCAGCGAAUAAGCGAAAUUUGUUUAGUGAAAUCAACAAUUAAACGAUAAAGCAGGAAAAGAAACGAAAAAAAAAUUGCUUUAGCGAUUUUUCGAAAAAAUAAAAUAAAAUAAUCACAGUAUACUCAACUGCAACGCAAAUUUGCUGCGUCAGCUAGCCGGCAAUAUUCACAUAGCAAUUUUCGCAUUGCAUUUCGGCCCUGCAACACACCCAUCGAACGGACCAAUCAGCUUUACCUAUAGCUGGUGGCAUAACGGUGUAAAAGCAGCAGCAUAAAACAACGAGAGAGUAAGCAGUAAGCUAGAGAAAGAGAGAGCGCACAUGCUACAGAGCAAGAGCAAUCAGCGUGAUAACAAAGCUACCGAGCCAAAGUGUCAAGAAAAACCAUUAAAGACUGUUGCCGCAUAGUGUGCGCUUGAAAACUCAAACAGAAUUGAUUGACAAAUAUUUAAAAUAAAUUUAAAUAAGACAAAAAAAUUAUCAAGUGCCGAAAUCGCGCACCUAUAACUAUGAAGAAUUGAACCAACCACCUUUGGUUAUCACUAUUCAACCAAGUUACUAAGCAGCCGUCAAGUUGUGUGUGUAAAAAAAACGAGAAUUUAAAAACUUAUUUAGUAUGUGUGUAAAAAACUGUUGUAAAGUAGCGUAAAUACACGCCACUAAAGUCAGGAGACACCCACACAGGCACACACACACCCCCACACCGUACACAACAAACCCCCCAUGCUAAGAUAUCGGCUGGUGUCGACACAUUUCCUCAAACAGCCGUAGAUUGUUCAACGCCGCCGAGCCAGCCAAGCAGAGACGAGUCCAGCCGAGUCGCGUCAACGAACGCGAAACGAGUGCAUCACUACAAGUACACCAACAACAAUAAAUACAUACCGAAGUGAAAAAAAGCAUACCUACAAAUACGAACAUCCAUACAUGAGACACACACAUACACUAAAAAAUUACCGUUCAUAUUGAAAUAUACGUCGUAGGCUAGUACGCGAAGCCCAAAAGUGCGUGUGCGUGACUAGCGCGGUGGAUGCGAGCGCGAAUAGUAGAAGAAUAGUGCAGCAGCAGCAAUACGCCUGCGUUCACGCAGAGAGAGAACGAGAGAGCAGGAGAGUGUGAAGUAUAUCAACGUAGUUUUCAACCGAUUUUGUAGGCGCACAACGCCUGAGAGCCUAAAAGCCGACUAUAGAACCGGUGGAAGUGGAAAAGAAAGUCAGCGCAGUCAGCAGAACGCUGUGAGCGUAAAGUUGUGCCACUUUUCUGUGGAAAUUCGCCAAUUGCGUUGCGUUGUGCCGAUCGCCGGCAUAGAAUAGUCGGGUGGCUUUAUAUUGCAUUUGUCGAAUUGCACAUCUGGAUAAUAAAUAAGUACUACAACUAAUCGACGGAUAGACAAUCUCUGCGUAGCGUCUUGAAUUACGCCACCGUUGACUGCAACGUCACUGACGACGCAUCCAUCCACCCACGGUUCGGGUGCCAUCACACGCAGUCGUUUAAUCAAUAAAACGCAACACCGCUAGCGGUAAGCCUGACAUUUCGACUUGCAGCACUUAGCUGAUAACAAGCCCGAUAUCGUUACGAUUUCGAAGCGGAUAGUGGCGAUUUGGAGGAGGUGUACUGACCAGGAGAUUACUUGUGUUAACUAGUUUGAUUGUUGCGUCAAUUUCUAACGGUUUAAAGAAUCCUUGGCACCGGUGCAUAAAGCUUAAACUUCAGGCGAUUCCACGGACAAUCGCCAAGAACAACAGUAAACGCGAAAGCCACACACCCCCCCACUUGGUAUUCAGUUUUAGAGGUUACACGCGGGCCCGUGGUGACUUCUUCUCAACUGGCCCUGUAACUUUUGUCACAACGUAUUCGUUAAGAGUUUUCCGUUUAUUCGGUACGUACGACAACAAUUUGAUUAGCGAAAAUGUGCAGAGAUCGCGAUAUGAUUUUGCCAUAGAUCAACGUAAUCGUCAAUAUAAAGUCAAGAAAAAAAUCAAGCUAAAGUAAGCACAGUGUGCGAGCAAGUGAACAAAGAGUGAGUGAGUGAGUGAGUGAGAGAGAGGACGCUGAGGCGACGAAACGUGCAAUCGAGUUAAAUUCUUUCGCCAAAAAAUACGCGAUAAAAUUUUAAAAUCGCAACUGUUCACAGCAGCUGGGACUUUGGAGUGCUUAAGUGUCUGAAAAUAAUAACGGGAAAAUCGUCGAGAGUUGUUAAAUUGCAUAAGUUUUUAGCAACAAAACGCCUUGUAAACACUAACAAGUUAACAACGCAACAUUUAAACCGAUUAAUUUUUAAGCAAUUAAUUAAAAACCAACGUUAUCGUUAACAACUACUCAUCACUAAACGCCACAUAAUAAAAAUCUACGUGUACGCGCUUCACAUGCGCAUAAAAUUUAUCACAGUGUAAUUUACGCUAGAAUUUUUACGCGCACAUAACCUCAAAUAUAAGCUGCAAUGUGACUGUUGAGCGUCGAUUUUUUGUUCGAUUAUAAACUACAACCGACCAUUGCCGACAAUCGAUUUAUCGUUCGUUCAGUCGAGUGCGUAUUUUAACACAAUCAGCCAAAGAAAUCGCGUCUGAAAAUUACUUAAACGUGUUGAGAAUUUUGUGUGAAAACGAAGAAUUAAGCAAAAGAAAUCUGUAGUGUAAUUUCGCCUAUUAUUAUUGUGUGUGUUUUUUUAAAUUUAAACGUAAAAAAUAAAAUAUCAUAGAGGAUUAAUUAAAACCGUUAAUUUCGUUUGCUUGUGUCAAACGGAGAAACUGUAACAAGGACAAGGAUUUCAAGAAAAAGCGGCAAGAUUGAAGAAUUCGCGAGGAACUUUUGGAAGUCUAUUAAGGCUUGCGUUUGCGGCAUGCGCCAUCCUACCACAGGACUAAGCGAAGACGACCUCAGUCGUCUCACUGGUUCAUCCUCAUCGACAGCAUCUUGUGACAGUAAUUCAUCAUCCUCCUCUUCAUCAUCAUCAUCGUCUUCUUCUUCGUCGUCGGCGGCAAAUACGCCCGCACAUAAGGAGGGCGCCGACAGUGUUGAGUGCGUGCAUCAUACACUCGCCAGUCCCGACAAAACGACCAACAACACGCUAGCCCUGGUCGCCAGCACACUCAAGCAGAAUAACAAUAAUAUCAUCAAUAUUAACAGCAUUAAUAACCACAACAACAACAACAACAAUAAUAAUAACGGCACACAUACAAAUACAACAACACGUUUUAGUUCAACAUAUCUACCCGAAGUGAUCAAUCCUUUGGAAUGGCAGAAGUCGCGUAAACGUAAAGAGCGCCUUGACAGCACUUCAUCAGUGACACAGGAUCGUAAGCUACAGCGCUCCAACAGCGAAGAGCUACUCACGCAAGAGCAGCAAGCGGCGACGGUAGGUAGUGCGGAUGCGCUUAAUGCCGGCGGUAACGGGUUGAAGGAGAAUAAAAGCGCGGAUGUGAUAAGACGCGUUUCAUCGGAGGACUUCAAGAAGACCGCUUCGUAUGCUAUUUACGAACAAGAGUUACGCGAAGCCGCUGAGUGUCGCGCCGCUGAUUUGAAGCAGCGUCAAACGCAACAGCAAGAGCGCAACGCCGCGAAUGAAAACGACGGCGCGCUAGCUAAUCGUCAGAAGUUACAACAAACACAACUACAGCAGCAGGAAGACACCGCGCACGCACCGGUCUAUCGCGACUCUUGGGUUACCGGUCCUACCAAAGAUAUGACACGCCGCUCACGUUACGAAACUAGCCCGGCGCGCUCGCAGCGCUUUUCGCCCAUACGCACCAACGGCUCUAACGGUAAUAGCAACAAGCAUCGCGACAGCGACGACAGUGAAUGUGAGCAUGAGCGUCGCCGCAGCAGCGAGCGCUCGUGCAAGUCACGCCAGCCGCCCGGCCGCAAGGUGGGCGUUGUGAAGAAGAGCAGCGCCAGUGGCGGCAGCAGCAGCGCGGCUAGCAAGUAUUUGGCCACAUCGAAGCGUUUUGACGAGAAUUCCGCCUACAAAUAUGAUUUGUCAACACUGAAGUAUGAACGACGCGGUUUCAUUAGCAAGAAAGGUUCCACCGCCAAUAGCAGCAGCAACAGUAGCAAUGGCAGCGGCAAUGAGAAAACCACCAAUGACCACAAUGACAAUAAUCUAAUUGACUUCCAUCAGCAGCCACAAAAGCAGGCAGCGGCGUCAACCGCACAGCCUCCAGCGCCGACUGGCGCGGCGCCCUCAAACCAAUUGCAGCUCAAAAGCGUCAACGGCAUCGCAACUGCCGCGCCCAAGGAGAAUAAACCAGCGCCGUCUGCGCAAUCAGUAAAACGCACGAGCGCCAUUUGCAGCGCCUACAACAGCGUGCCGCUAACCGCUGCACAGGAGGCGCUCCCCUGGGGACGCAGCGUACCCGAAGAUGCCACACCGAUGCUAAGUCGUCGCUAUGCGCCGGUGCGUCAUCAUCCCGUCGAUAAUCUCGACACGGCCGCCAAGCUCUCCAAGGUGAUGCCAUAUCCGCAACAGUUUCACAAGCAGUCCGCUGCGCAGCGUUUCGACGACGAUAUGGAUUGCAUGGACUCACUCAGCACUUUUCGUGCCUUUACCUCGCGCGAUGUUAUGGAACAAGUCAUACCCGCCAUGAUGUCCUUCCAAUCACCCGAAGAGCGCCUGAAGCAGGUGAAUAAACGUCUCACAGCUUUAAAGAAGAAGCUGGUGCAGCUCGAAGAGGCUUAUGAAAUGCGCAUGGGCUAUCGGCCGUCACAGGCGGAGCGCAUGAAUGACAAAUACAUGAAGAACAUAUUGGCUGAGAUCAAUAAGCUGCGCAAAGAGCGUCAAGAGCUAAAGGUCGAUCCAAUGGGUGCGCUCGGCAUGAAGGUGAGCGGUGGCAUGGAUGCGGCCAAGAAGUUGGAGAAAAUGAAGGCAACUCUGCAGGAGAUUGAGCAGAACCUCUCCGAUAAGCGUGAGGACACCAAUCGUUCCGAAUCGCUCGAUGAACUCAACGCCGAUCAGCUGGUGCAAGAGAAGAGCGCCGUACAGCAUGGCCUACUCUACUUCGAGUCACUCUAUGGCCGCCCCGGCACCAAGGACGAACGCGAUGCAGCACGUCCAUUGUACGACCGCUACCGCCAACUCAAACGUAUGGUAUUGCGUAGUGUUAUGCAAUCGGGCAGCGCUGUCGCCGGCGCACCCGAGUUGCCAACCAUACUCGAAAACGAAGCCAUGGUCUUUGAAUUCACACCCCACCAACUCUCAUCUGCCAACAGCACUGAAUCGAAUUCGCCCAGCGACUCGGCGACCGCACCGAAUGCUUCAUCCGAUGAUUCAACCACCACAACAACGGGUGCUACAACCGGUGAAGCGGCAGCAACAACAGCAACUGCAACCACACAGACAGCAGCUAACAGCGCGAGCGAGAAUAUUAGCGCCUUAAAUCUUGAGCAAUUGUGGGAAUACUUGGAGAAGACACGCGAGGAGAAGAAGAUACUCAAACGUACCAUACGCGAGUAUGAGACUAUCUUUGAGGAGCAAAAUGGUCGUAAGAUGUUGAAGAAUGACCGUAAAACCAUCGAAGAGACCUAUGCACAGUACAAGGAGAAGAAGGCAAAGACACGUCUGCUGCAGGAGCUUAUCAAGAAGCAGAAGCGCUCAUUUGCCUAAAGUGUGGCGCUAAAAGCGGCGAAAAGCGCCAGUGCGAAAGCUUCGCGGAAUAUACAUUUCUAAUUUUCCAACAACGAUAAAUGGAAGACAACAACAAAUGACGGCGAGUGCGGAAAAAGCUCAAUUUGUUUAGAUAUUUGUGUGUGGCGGCAAUUUAUUUCCUUUGCCCAGCAGAGACUUCGACCUAGCAGUGCAACGCACCAGCAACAAGCUGCGCAAAGCUUUGACUUUUGCGGUAGCCAAAGCAUGAAAGCUCUACAGCACAUGAAGGAAUACUUGCAUUUACCGACAGCAGCUCAGUGUUGAUAAACGCGACGAAUUAAAAUUUGACAAUGUUUUUUGUAGGAAAUUAGUAAUUUUAAAAACAAAAAUAAUAUGUUCCAUUAUUUACCAUUAUUUUUUAUUACUAUUUUUUAUUGUAUUUUAUAUUGUUUAAUUGAUUUAUUGUCAUGACAAAACAAACACAAACAAAUAACAAAUAUAUUACUAUAUAAACACAUUGUUAUAUUAUUAUAUUAAUUAUAUAUUUAUUUUUCAUCUCAUUUAUAAAAAAUAAAAACUUUAUAUAUUAUUAUAUAUAUAUAUUGUAUACCAAAUGCGAUUAUAUGAUUGCGAUUUACUCAACGUAACGCAGAGCCAUCAAAACAGUUAUUUAGUUGUUUAAGCUCUUUGACCAACUGUGUUAAUUUUUAUAAAAUUCACAAAAAAAAACUCUUAAUUCUUAAGUGAUGAAGCGCAAUUGAAGCUAAAGAAAAGAAAAGGAACUCAAAAGAAAAGCAAGCAAAAGAAAAAAUAAUGAAAAAUGCGUAGAAGCGAAGGAGCGCCGUAAAUAUAUGCUAAAUAAAUAUGUUGAAAGAGAGCUGCAGUAAAAAACGAGCGCGCUUUAUAUAGAGUAUCGAGCGUGUGCUAGGUUUUUUCGAAAACAAAAAAAAAACGCUAUUCGAUGUACAACCAAUAUUUAUACAUAAAAAAAUAAAAAAGAGUAAAAUUUGCGAGAAAAAACAUGAAAAUUAUUUUUAUUAAAAAAUACGAUUUCGACUUAAUUGCGAGUUAUAAAUAAUUAUGCAUGCUAUGACAAUUAUUAAAUACUAAUUUUGAAUAUUUGAUGGAGUUUCAAAGAAAUAGAAGAUCAUGAAACAUAAAUAUUUUAAGAAAACUUUUUUUAUUAAAGUGAGAAGGCAUAACAUUUUUUAUUCUUAAAAAUCUUUUUUUUUUUAAUCAUUAACAUUAAAUAUUAAAAAUCAUUGUCUCGAAGAAAAUUUAGAUUUUUUCUACAUAAAAAAUUUGGAAAAAAAUUUUCAUAAGCAACUCAUUUGACAAUACUUUAAAAGUGCGUUUUCGGUAAAUGAAAAGCAAAAUAUAUUUAAAGUAUUGUUUGAAGUUUGGGCCCAUGAAAAUCACUCAAGCAUAAUCUAUAAAUAUAUUUGCGUCAUUUUAAAUUAAUUUUAAUGAAAUGCAUUGAAAGCAAUUUUGCUAAAAGUAACAUUUUGUAUUGGAAAAUAGCUAAUUUCUUUUUCGCUUGAAAACGAAAUAAUUGAGGUCAAACUAUAAAAUUAUUUGAUCUAUUUAUUGUAUUGUUAUUUAUAAAAUAUUUAUUUAUAAAAAUAACAAUUUUAUAAGAAAAUGUGCUACUAUUUUAAAUGCUUUGAAGACACUUUAAUGUUUAUAAAGUGAAUUAUGAAAAACUAAAAAGGUUUAAUAUUUUAUAUAUGCGUACAAUAUUUAGUACUCUUCAAUUGUCUAAUAAUUUCAUAAACUUUUUUAAUAUUUGUAAUUUUUAAUCUUUAAAAUACUAUAAAAAUUUUACAAAUAUUUUAUAAAAAUUGCUAACAAAUUAUAUUUGCAUGAAAUAUUAUAUUAUUUUUAUUUUAAUUAAAUAAUACAGUUCUUGAAGGAGCUUCAAAAAUUUUCAACUGGCAUAAAAACAAUUUUUUAUAGUAAAGAAUUUUAUUAAAGAUUCAGCACAUUUUUUAGAGCCAUUCUAAAUGCUAACAUUUUUUUAAAGUAUUUUUUAUUAUUCCUUGAAAUGUUUACUCUAUUUAUAUUGUUUAAUUUUUAACUAAUACUUUUUUAAUAUUUUUUAUAGCUUUAACUAAAUUUUUUACAAUUUUAUAUUUUACAUAGAAGUUAUUUUUUUAUAUUUUAUGAAAAAAUUCCACUUAUUUCAUUAAUAUCUACCCAUUCCCAGAAAAAAAAAACAUUUAAUUUGAGUAUUUUUAAUAAAUACAUUAUUAAUAUAUUUUUGUUUUUAAUUUUAAUUUAUGCGCAUUAUUGGCUAUAAUUUAUAUGAAGCCAUGCGCCCAACCAAUCGUUGUGAUAGUUUUAAUUGAAAAAUUUUAAUUUUUCUCACAUUUUUUUUAUUAUUUGUUUACCACAAUUACACAUAUGAAUAACUGUGCUAACAAUAUGAUAAUGAUCUAGCAUGAAAAAUAUAUUUACUACAAACAAAAAGUGCUAAAAAGCAUUCAAAAUAUGUAUUGUCUUGAAAUAUAUAUCUCAUUGUAUGUAGCACUAUCGCAUGCCAUAAAUUGAAAGGAUUUGUAACAAUUAACUACUGAAAAAUGCAAAUGAUAGCGAGUAUGACCUACAAACAUGCAUUAUAUUUUAAUGUGCAUUAAUUGCCAAACAUUUUUGUAUAAUUUAAACGCCAUUUCGUUGUUACAAAACUGUACAUUGUUACACACACGUGAAUAGGCGUAAAUAUUUGUAAAGAAAAUUUUCCAAAAUGAUUUGAAAAAGCGUUACAUAUACAAUAUAUUAAUAAAAUACAAAUAUACAUACAAACAUACAUAUAGUCUAAUAUACGGGUAGUUGUUUUUCACACACACACACACAUGCAAACACAUUUAUGUCAGCUAUACUUAAGCAUUACAUACAUUUAUAUCUAUAUUUACAUGCGCUCACCUAAAUACACAUACUCACACAUACAUUAAUUAAUUCAUGUUUAUUAUUCAUUAUAUUGUAUAUUCUUAAUGAGACAUAUAUAUGAGAAAAAGAAGAAAUUAUAAUUGUUAUAAAUACAACAAAAGAAAAUGCAAACAAUUUAAAUAAUAAAUUGCAAAUAUUUUAUUGUAAGCACCGAGUUGCUGAAAAAAAUGCUGUUAAAAGCAAUGGACAUUUGCCUAUGAGUACUUAUGAUUAAAACAAAUAAUCAAAUUCAUUCUUUUUGAAAAAAAAAACUAAUUAUUGUGUUUGUUUUAUUUCUGUAUAUAUACAAAUCAUAUAGUAUAUGCGUUGAUUUUCAUCACUUGGUUGGAUUGAUUUUUUCACUCGCUGCAUUUUUGAUAAAUAUUUUGUAAGGAAAUAUAUACAUUUAAAUUUAUAUUUUUUAUUUUUUUUAUUAUUUUUUAUUUAACAGAAUGGUGCUUUUUAGUUUGCAUAAGAGGAGAAAAAAAUAAAAUAUAUCAUGCGAUUUUUUAUAUUGCACAUAUAGCAUGAUAUAAAUUUUAUUGCAUGACAUAAAAAAGUUUUCAUAUCGAUUUUCACAGCAAUUAUUUUUACGAAUUUCUUAUUCUAUGAAUUUCGAAAUUUUUCUCUCAACCGUAAAGCAAUAAAGUUUUACUCCUCCCUAAUUUAGUCACAUCUCUAGAAUUUCGCUGAGUUAUAUUCAUUGUUUGAAGACUUUCUGUAGUUAUUGGAUAAACAUCUAUGUGGAGAAAACAAAAAUAUUGCUCAGAAGCUUAUGAAGUACGAAAUAUAACGCAAAUUUGAUUCAAAUUUCCAGAUUUACACCAUUCAUUUUUAAGCGAGUGGCAAACGAACACUCGCUAAACUUUAAAUACCAGCGAGAUUAGUAUAAAAUCUAAUAAUAAACUUAAGGAAACAUAUAUUUAAUGGCUGAGACGUUGUCGCAUGCAUAUACGCGAGGAAAUUUUAUUUGAAAAGAGCUGUUUCUGAUACUCAGCCAAAAGGCGCAUGUUUGUCUUUUCUUAUUACUGUUAUGGGCUAUAUUUCAGAUAUAGUCUUUACAUAAUAAUGGAUAUUCAUACAUAAAAUAUCGCCGGAGUUGAUUCUGUUCAUCAUACUACUUUUUGAAUUUUGAUUUUAAAGUAAAGGUAUUUUAUAUUAAUUUUUUUUUUUAUUUAAAAAGUGUUAAUUAUUUAAAAUUAUUUUUUACUAAAUAUUUUUUUUUGUUUUUUUUUUUCUAAAUUUGUUCUAUAUUUCUUAAACUAUGUAUUCAUUAAAUGUAAAUUUUCAGUAAAAACAAAAAUUGAAAGUUAACCUAUUAGAAAAGCAAAAGUAGUUAAAAAUAGUUGCAUACUAAAAGCAUUAUUAUAUUAUCAUAUUAUAAAUACUUAUUGAGACUAUUUAGUACGAGUAUAUACUGUACGUAGUGUUAGCGAUGAGAGGCUCUUUAUAAAUGUUGUACUUGUAGAUUGAAAAUUUAUAUUUACUUGUAAUAAUUAUUACUUCUAUUAAAUAUUAUUGAAAUGCAAAUGAAGCAACAAAAAAAAAAAUA